AUGCCACAUUCAGAUCACGGCGGCCACUUGGCCAAACGCCAAAGAGAAAUGCCCAGGUUGCAGCUUCGCAGUCUGGCCCAAAGAAGGCUUCUGCCAUCUUUGCUCCCUUCCGGCCAGGGUGGAACUCAGGGCCUGUGGGCCUUUCAAAGAGGGAAGAAGGUCGCCGAACUAGAAAUCCCCGAAGACCUCGAUGAACCCCUCAAGCACAUCCUCGUCUUUGGCUCGUGGAUUGUAGCAAGCGCCGUCACUCGAGUAGAAGUCUGGAAAUCGACGACCCUCGAGCACUACACGAGCAUCCGGACCGUGCCCGCGCCUGAUGGAGGUAACGAGCUUACUGGCGGGGCCACCAACAUGGCUACUUUUCUCAACAAAAUCUUUGUCGGGCGCAAGGACGAUGCUGGCUCCGUAACAUGUCUUCAACCCUCGACGGCCCUCGCCCUGCUCGCCGUCGCCUACUCCAACGGCCCUCUAGUUAUCCAUGACGUUCUCCACGACAAGCCGCUCAUCCAGCUCACCGCUGGAACACCUGAUACGCCUGUGUGUGCCAUCACCUUUCGGUCCGAUGGCUUAGGGGCCGGCCAGGACGGUCGCAAGGAUGGCAUCAUGGCUACCGCUACAUCAGCUACUGGUGACAUCACGUUUUGGGAUCUCAACGGAGGCGGAAGGGUGUCUGCUAUCGGUGGUGGCAUCAGCAAGAUUGAGUUUCUCUACGGACAGCCCGUCAUAGUUUCUAGCGGCCUCGACAAUUCGCUAAAGACUUGGAUCUUUGACGAAACGCCCUUCUCCCCGGUGCCCCGAAUUCUCCACACCCGGAGCGGCCACGCCGCCCCUGUCAACUGCCUACAGUUCCUUCCCUCAGAUUUCGAUGGCGCCGAAUCCGGCAACAAGUGGCUCGUCAGCGGUGGUAGCGAUAGGAGCCUGUGGGGCUGGAGCAUGCGCAGGGAUGGCCAGAGCACUGAGCUCAGCCAGGGAAAUAUUCGAAAGAAGGCCAAGAAGUAUGGUAUCCUUUCUACCUCAGCCCUGACACACGGCCCCACCACGACCCUAGACGACAUCAAGGCUCCGGAAAUCACCUGCAUCGCUAGCUCCCUCAACCGUGAUGGAGGCAUGGGGGCUUUGCCUGGGAAGCAGGCGAUAUGGAAGCGCGCGUCGAGGAAGGAGAGAGCCAGAGACGUCAAGCUCGACGCCGAAAUCAGCGGCAUGACCGGAUGGGAGAGCGUCGUUACCGGUCAUAAGAGUGACGCCUUCGCCAGGACGUGGUUCUGGGGUCGUAAGCGCGCUGGACGCUGGAUGUUCGAAACCGGCGAUGGUGGUAACGUCUCUGCCGUGGCCGUUAGCCCUUGCGGAAGCUUCGCCCUUGUCGGUUCGGCCGGCGGAACCCUCGACAUGCAGCUCAAGUUGCAGCAGCUUAAGCAAGUGGACGACGUCGUGCACCUCCAAACUCGCAUAGCGGGCAAUUUCAUGCCUGGAACAGGCCGGCACACCAAGGCGGUCACGGGCAUUGUUGUCGACUCGACAAACAAGCUAGUCGUCUCGUGCUCUCUCGACGGAAAGGUCAAGUUCUGGGAUUUCCUCACAGGUAAUCUUAUGGACGAGAUUGACUGGGCUCCCAUGACCGCCAUCACCGGUGUUCGGUACCACGCCGCCAACGACCUUGUCGCCUUCUCGUGCGAUGACAACUCGAUCCGCGUAGUAGAUAUGGAGACCAAAAGGACAAUUCGAGAGUUCCUAGGUUUUGAAAAGGACGUGACGGACUUUUGCUUUUCCAACGACGGCCGAUGGGUCAUUGCUACUUCGGACGACUGUACCCUCCGAGUGUGGGAUCUACCAACCAGCCACCUCAUCGACGCCAUUCGGUUCGAAAGCCCCUGUAAGGCGGUGGCCAUGUCGUCAAGUGGGGAGUACCUAGCUGCUUGUAUCGAGGGUCAAAUGGGUGUCAGCAUCUGGACGAAUAAGUCUCUAUUCCGCCACGUACCGACACGGCAGAUCUCGGCCAAGGACAUCGCUACCGCCGCGGUGCCUACCAUCUCGGGUGAGGGUAACGAUGGCCUUGUCGAUGCCGCGUUCGAGAAGGACGCCGAAGAGCCCGAGGAGGACCCGGCCGUGAUCACGCCCGACGUGGAGCAGCUCAGCUCUGAGAUGACGACUCUGAGCCUGGUGCCCAAGUCUAGGUGGCAGACUCUUCUUCACCUCGACCUCAUCAAGCAGCGCAACAAGCCGAAAGAAGCACCCAAGGCGCCAGAGAAGGCCCCCUUCUUCCUCCCGUCUACCAGCGGGCAGGGCGGCCCAAAGCAGAUUGAGGGUGCGGCAGUGGGGUCCGAGGAUGAUGGAUCCAAGUCUCGAAUCCUUAGGGUUGAGAUGGCGGCACGCCAGGAGCAGACUUUCGCUACUAAGCUUCUCACCGGCGCCUCCACAGGUAACUACGACGAUUUUAUCGAUCAUCUAAAGUCCCUACCCCCUCAGCUGCAGAUCUCGAGCUCCGCUCGCUCUCGGUGGACGACAACGGUGACGAAUCACGCAACGAGCUACUCCACUUUAUCCGAGCCCUCACAAGUCGCCUGGUGGCGAGGCGGGAUUAUGAACUCACGCAGGCAUGGAUGA